UUCGAUUUUUUCGACGUCGGAGGAGGUGGUGUCGAGGCUGUUGUUUGACUUGGCUACGUCUUUAGAUUCUUGCCAAAUCCAUGCUCAGAUGCGUUAGCCCCACACCGCAUUCAACACCGGCCCUCUCAACUCAUUCAUCCCCCUUUGUAUAUAAGUUCUAUAAGUUGAAAAUCUCCAUAUAAACGAUCCCUUUUGCACCCUGAUUUUCUUCCUCCCCCUUCCCCUACUCGUUUCAUUCAUUGCUUUACACAGCUUACAGCCAUGGUUUCUCACCUACUCAACACUAUCCGUAAUGUAGUUGGGGUCACAGGGAACGUUAUAUCACUCUUCCUCUUCUUGUCUCCUGUGCCAACUUUUGCUCAAAUUUGGAAGAAAAAUUCAGUGGAGCAGUUCUCGCCAGCCCCGUAUCUAGCAACCUUAAUAAACUGCAUGGUUUGGGUCAUUUACGGGCUGCCUAUGGUUCACCCCAACAGCACUCUGGUUGUUACCAAUUCGGCUAAAGCAGUAGCGUAGCUGGAAGCCGUUGUGGCCGACAUUCUCGCUUGAUGAGUCGAAUCUAGAGAGCCAGUUAAUCUCAAAGUU